AUGUGUCGCUGUUUGGAGAAAGCAUUGCAAUCGAGAACGGAAAAGUUGAAAGUGGAACAAUUCUUUCUGUCAGUUCUCGAAAUAAAACAAGCUGUAUCAGCAAUUAACUUACUUGACCGGGAGAUCUUAUGGCUGGUUACUGUACAUUUGCCGUUUGAAGAUCAGGCAUUCACAGCUGACGACUUCAUACCUCUAAUAGAAGGGCAGGGACGGCAGAGGUUGGAUCUGAGAAUCGAGUUACAUGAAUUCUCAACGCAAGUGUUGGAGGAAGUGAGAAAGCUUCUUGUCUACACUUCCCCACUCAAUUCUAUCACUAUCAAAUAUAAAACAAUUGAUCAAGAAUGCAUUGAGUUAAUUGCUAAAACAGAGCACUCGUCAGAUGGAAAGACGUUUUUCAAGUUUUCAAUAGAUCACGCUGAUGACCCAAUUAAAGAAAUGGCCACGCUAACCCUAUCUGACAACGAACGUCAUUUAAAUAUCUUUGAGAUCCCUUCGAUAAUGAGGUCAAUUGCACCAAAUUUAGGAUGUCGUCAAAUUCAAUCACUACGAAAAGUGUCUAGAGGUAUCCGACACUGUGUUGACUAUAUCAAACCAGAUCCGCAUAUCCUUAAAUAUUAUAUUUCGCUCGGGAAUUUUUUAUUUGCUUUUAUUGGCGGAAUGAUGAAUGAAGAAAUAUCGACAUGGUACAAUGGAUCUCGCAAAGAGGAAGCAGUUCGAUUUGUAAAUGAUUUCGAAUUGAAUACAAGACAUCAAAAAAGUUGCAUGGGUCAACUAUCUAUCAAAAUGGACAGAACAAGCUGGUUUUCAAAAGAAGAAGACGAAGAUUCGGUUAGACCAAAGGUUUUCAAACUGCUAAGAGAUGUUUUGAUCUCCAGGACAUCCCCAUUAAAAGUUAAAAUAUUGAGUUUGACUACUCAAUGUUUGGUGAUGAACAUACUACCGUAUCUCGACGCAGAAUAUUUGGAAUUGAUUUUCAUACGGAAGAUCGAAGAAAUUGACGAAGAAUGUACCAUUGAUCUAGAUGAAAUUUCGAAAACUGAGCAAUGGAUCAAGGCUAAACGAUUGCGGAUAAAAGAUUUGACUGUUCGGAUGUCAAUUCAAGAUAUGAAUAUUCUGAAUUUUGAGUGGAUUGAUAUUACGUUGGAAUCAAUGACGCAGGAGGAUAUUACAUAUUGCAGAAAGGCAACAGCACUAGGAGCACCUUAUCGAGUCGACGACGACUUCGAGUAUUUAUGGUAUUUCCGGAUUGAGAAUACCCCAGAAUAUCUUCAUGUCGUGCUCGAACAAGGACCGCUUCAAAUUGAAGGCUGUUCAUAUUUUAAGAAAAUCCAUCAAAAUAAAACUCCAUUCUUUUGA